GCCGCGCUCGGGAUGACGUGAAGCUGCGGGUGCUGUAGCUGUUGCCGGUGGCUAGCGGGCGUUCGCGCCAUGGAGCGUUAUGCGGGCGCCUUGGAGGAGGUGGCGGACGGUGCCCGGCAGCAGGAGCGACACUACCAGCUACUGUCCGCGCUGCAGAGCCUGGUGAAGGAGUUGCCCAGCUCCUUCCAGCAGCGCCUGUCCUACACCACGCUCAGCGACCUGGCCCUGGCGCUUCUCGACGGCACCGUGUUCGAAAUCGUGCAGGGGCUACUGGAGAUCCAGCACCUCACUGAAAAGAGCCUGUACAACCAGCGCCUGCGCCUACAGAACGAGCACCGAGUGCUCAGGCAGGCGCUGCGGCAGAAGCACCAGGAAGCCCAGCAGGCCUGCCGGCCCCACAACCUGCCUGUGCUUCAGGCAGCUCAGCAGCAAGAACUACAGGCAGUGGAACACCGGAUCUGUGAGGAGCAGCGGGCGAUGGAUCGGAAGAUCGUCCUGGAGCUGGACCGGAAGGUGGCUGACCAGCAGAGCACACUGGAGAAGGCAGGGGUGGCUGGCUUCUACGUGACCACCAACCCACAGAAGCUGAUGCGGCAGAUGAACCUGCUGGAACUCAUCCGGAAGCUGCAGCAGAGGGGCUGCCGGGCAGGGAAGGCAGCCCUGGGACUGGGAGGUCCUUGGCAGCCACCUGCUGCCCAGUAUGACCAGAAAGGCAGCCCUGUCCCACCAUAGCCACAGGCAGCAGAAGUCUGGGCAGUGUUCAUCUUCUUGACUUUUGGCCACUGCCUUCCCAGCUGCCCACAGGGGUCCCCUGCUGAGGAGAGGCCCGGUGGAACCCGGCUGCCUGUCCUCCUUCGUCUGAGACUUGCUGCCAAACGCUAGGUUGGUCUCAUAAAAGGCAGGCCGGCCCAGCCUGCUGCUCUCUGCUUCAGGGCCCGGCAGAGAGUGAGGCCGGGGGUUCUCACACCUUCUCACUCCACGGGGCACAUCCCAGCCUGCACUGAGGGCCACCCGAGUGCUUGUUCUGGUCUCAGCCGCUCCAUUGACAGCUACAGCCCCCACGCAGAAGAGGCUCCGAGGCCCAAGCUCUAUAUGACCCAGAGAAAUAAAGAUGCCUCAGUGUGGCCCGUGUGUGGCUUGUGUGACAGCUGCAGGUUCUGCCAUAACCAGGGCCCCAGUAGGGCCCCUGCCUCUGCCUGGGGUCCCUUCCUGGGCUGUGUGCCCAGCCCACCACCCCUCCCCCUGCACGGAGACUGGAACCCUCCAGCCUUUCCUGCCCCAGCCCUGGUCCCAGGAUGCUGUCACUGCCAUCUGCACAGGGCCCCCAUCCAAGCCCCAGGGCAUGAGGACCACAUCCAGCCUGCUUUGUGGGGCUGGGGCUAGAGAGCAUGGGAGAAGGCCUGGGGUGCAAGUGUGUGCCUGCCGCAGCCUGGUCAGUGUCCUGUGGGAACCACUAGGAGGCGCCUGAUGCAGGUCACUGGGGUAGAGGACUCAGGGCGGCAGGUAUGGCCUGAGGAGGAGCCCCGGGGGAAGGCAUGCCAGGCCCACAUAGAGAGCUUGGCCUCUGCAUCUGCAUGAGUCUCCUCCAUGCUGGCCUGGGCCCAUGGGCCCUACUGGGUCCUUGUGGAGUCAGGGUUGGGGGUGUCCAGGUCUGUGCAGGGCCCGGCCUCCAGAAACAGAUGAUGCUGGAAGCCAGAGUCUGCGGUGAGACUUCUCUGACCCUGUCUGAGCCACUCCCUCUUUGCUGCCCAGAGCUGACCCUGUGUGAGGGCAAGGGCUGUCAGCUGCAGGAACAGUGGUUUAUUGGCCAGGCAGGGCCUCCCCAGCCCGGCCUCUGCUCCCCUAGGGGCUCGGGCUGUGUGGGCUGGCCCUGGCAGGAGGCGGACAAUCCUCUAGGUCCGAGGACAUGGGGGUCACAGAGGUGGGGGCCUUGGGCCCACACAUCCAGGGAGAGUUCCCAA